AUGUUGCCCCAAAACGAUCCCAUCAACGGCGCCACUAUGAUUGGCAAUGAUACCAGCGCAUUGCUUUCUCUUACAGAAACAAAUGCUCAGGCCCAAACCAAUGCUCAUUUUGUCCCCUAUGACCUCUACAGUGCCAUUCAGUAUCCUUGGUGGUGUCUCAACUUCUUCUUGGCCUUCUGGCUUGUCUCCAAUCUAGCCAGCACACUUCUGCAUCGCUUCCCAAACAAAAACCUCCGUACCUCCUUCAAGAAGCUUGACUCUGACAAGCAAAACAAUGUCAUCAUCUACAUCAUGCAAUUCCUUGGAACCAGUGUGGCGCUGGCAGCCCAGCUUUAUGGUUCUGUGGAUCUCAUCUUUCAGUGGCAAGAAACCACCUCGGCAGCCCGUAUGGAGAGCUUGAACCUUGCAAUCAUUCUUGUUGCAGUGUUGUACAUCUGGGAGCUUAUCUUUAGGAAGAAGAUUGGACUCCCUCUUUUGGUUCACCACCUUGUCACGAUCCUUCUUAUCCAGCUUUCCUCGGCCUCCUUCUAUGACACCCAUGACAUCCUUUACAUUCGAUUUGCCACCUUGUUGGGCUUCCAUGCCACUGUUGAGCAGCUCACCUUCCUAGCACUCUUCCUCUUCCGCCUCAACAUCUGUCAAAGGUGGCAAGCUUUUUGGUUCUAUUUUUCUGCUGCCCAGUCCCUGUUGUGCAAGACUGCUGUCACUGUUGCAGGUGGCAUCUACUUUGUCCAGCUUGUCAUUGAGGAGCGGUUGUCCAUUUGGAAUGGCAACUGGGGGGUGUUUUGGACCAUCUUUUUCAUGUUUCUUCUGGCUUGUCUGUAUGGUGCUCAAGUGUUUGCUUGCUUGAUCCUCUACAAGCUAGGAAAGCGCUGCUCUCACAGUUCUGUCUCCGAGACUGUCCCCCCUUCAAAGGAAACACAAGAGUUUUCAGAUGUCGACCUUGAAGAUGAGCCUCUAGAGUAUGAUGUUCCUGUUGAUAUGGGCGACUUUUCUGGAAAGGACUUGGAAGGCAGGAAGAGUGGUGUCAUGACUGCAGCAAGCAGUGGCUUUACGUCGCUCGGUGGGGACACCGCGGAGGAUUCCAUGGAUGAUUUCAGUGACGAUGAUGAGUUUGAUGUCUAA